AUGUGCGGGCGCGGGGCGCGUCACGUGACCCGCCGCCAUUGGCCCGCCGCGCGGCAGCUGCGCCCGGCGACGCGCGCGCCAGUACGCCGCCGACCGCCGCCGCGCACAUACGCGCGCGCCAUUUUCACGCGUGACGCGACACGCGCACGAACCACGCGAUCGCGAACUUACAACAGCUUUUUUGUUUAUUUUCGCUUGCGUCCUUUGGACCGUUUUGUGUUUCCGAGGCAGCGAGACGAAGAAAAAAAGGAGGUGCGGAUGGAUCAAGCGAACAGAGAAGAGAACGAGGAGCGCGAUGCGACCGCGCGAGCGAAGGCCAUGAGCGAAGCGCUGCGCAGUGAGGCGGGCGCAGAUAGUGCGCACCUACCGCCCUUCUCCACCUUCGGAGAUAUGGCGGAGAACGAGCAGCGUAUCCUCACCGAUACGCGGCUGCUCGACCCCGCCUGGGAGUACUACGAACGGGGCGACGCAGUCUCCGUUAUCGCCAGCCAGCCGCAAUACCGACCCUGGGAGUCUAUGCCUAUAACAGUGAACUCCAAGGAUGCAAUCCUCAGGGCCGGCUUCUCCACGCCACUCGACUACCAAUCGGUUACUCUGCAGCCUAUACCAAACAAGCUGCCGUCCUUCCAGAGCCAGUUUCAAACGUUUCCAGAAACAACUGUUAUUCCGGAAACUGGCUUGCCUAGCGUCACUCCGGUGCCUGUAACUACUAGCCCUACACCGAGCGCGAGCCCUAGUCAGUUAACGCAGCUCACGCAACUAACGACGCCUUCUUCACCGGCCCACCUGACUACGCUAGCUCAGGUCACGCCAUUGUCAACAACACUUACGACUUUAUCGCCGGUCAAUGCCACUACAUUCCAUACGCUAACAGCAGUCAAUGCAAGGAGCUAUCCGAUCGUGCCGGCUCCGCUUCAAGCGAGAGAGCUCACUCCCGCUGGACAAACCUACAUUGAUGAUCGGCAUAUACAACUCUAUCAGCCGAAUAUUGCGACAAUAAACGCUUUCCCAGCUCAAAACGGGAUAUUACACCAAAAUGGAACAAUUCUCCAUCAAAACGGUAGUUUGUUACAGAACAUACAAAGCCCGACUGUAGUUCAUGUGCUUAAAAACGAGCCAUUCGAUGUAAAAUCUCUUCAGGACAAGUACACUCCGAAUGGUUUACAUCACAGUAACUUCCAGAAUCCUAUGUUAAUUGAUAAUGGAUAUGAAAAGAAGACAAAUGGUUUCGGGAGCGGAUCAUCACCGACGAGGUCUGACUUUAGAAAGAAGGAACGUCGGAAAAUGCGCGCAAAUAGUUCAGAGUCAGACGGUUCCAAUAUGGAGGUUGGGUCGGAGAGCAGUGGACAGGUGGCUGCCGUGUCGUCGACGGCCGGCUUUAAAUCACCUAUGCACGGAGCUCCACCCAUGGCUACGGGCCCCAUGGAACUCGACGACAUAUCAAGUGAGAAACAGACAAAAAAGAAGAGGAAGCGUUGCGGAGAAUGUAUAGGCUGCCAACGCAAAGACAACUGCGGCGACUGUGCACCCUGCCGCAACGACAAGUCACAUCAGAUCUGCAAGCAACGACGGUGCGAGAAACUCACCGAGAAGAAGGUAGGUUUCGGCUUCUUGCAACUCACACUAAUCAUAUAG